UCAAAGACUGGCACACCGGGCAGGACUCCGGGCAGCGGCACAUCGGGCUGGACUCCGGGCAGAGGCACAUCGGGCUGGACUCCGGGCAGAGGCACAUCGGGCUGGACUCCGGGCAGAGGCACAUCGGGCAGGACUCCGGCAGAGGCACAUCGGGCAGGACUCCGGGCAGAGGCACAUCGGGCAGGACUCCGGGCAGAGGCACAUCGGGCAGGACUCCGGGCAGAGGCACAUCGGGCAGGACUCCGGGCAGCGGCACAUCGGGCAGGACCCCGGGCGGAGCGCAGGCACCGGGCCCCGGGCGGAGCGGCAGGCACCGGGCCCCCGGCGGGCGACAGGCACCGGGCCCCCGGGCGGGGCGAC